UUAAACAACGUCAACCUGCAAAUCCAACACCUUUUUCAUAUUUUACCCGAUUUCUGCCUCUUUAUUUAUUUUUUCACAGAAUAAAUAAAUACUCAUUGAUUUUUACGGAGAGUCGUAGCAUUAUUACAGGGGUGAGGAGGGACAAUAUAGAGCUGAUGAAUAAUCGACUGGAGGGCAAAGCAAUAAUAAGAAGAAGAAGAUAAAGGAAUUAUCAGAUCAAUAGCACAGAUUUAUAUAUUUUUCAUAUCAAUGGCUACGGAGACAAAAAGCUGUGUGGUGAAGGUGAGGCCGAGCCUGCAAGAUGGUCCUUCCAAAGGAAAGUUGAAUUCUUCUGCCGCCAACAGGAAGAAGGUUGAGGGCUCAAUCAAACAGCCUAUUGAUUCAAAGCAGAAAUCUGUGACUACUGUAGUCAAAACUGAGGUUAAGUCGAAAACAACAUCAGCAUCAGCAAAAACAACAACAAAGACUACUACCAGAGUAAGAGAGAAGAAAGUGUACACUUUGCCCGGUCAGAAAUGUGAUCCUCCUGAAGAGAGAGAACCCCUGAGGAUUUUCUAUGAGUCAUUGUCAAAACAGAUCCCCACAAGCGAAAUGGCAGAAUUUUGGAUGAUGGAGCAUGGAUUGCUCUCCUCUGAAAGAGCUAAAAAGGCAUAUGAGAAGAAGCAGAGAAGGCAAAAGGAACUUCGGAUGGGAACUCCUAUUAAAUCUUUAAAACCACUUAGUAAACCUGAGAGUUCACAGAAGCAACAGCAGGCAUCAAAGAAUGGCAAUUUGAAAGCUAAGAAAAGAAUAAUUAAUGAGAGUGAUGAUGAUGACGAAUUCAUUCUGAGCCCCAAGAGAAGGAAAGGGUAAGGAGGAAAAGCCCUCUCACUGUCUGUAACGGUGUAAUACUAGAAAUUACAUCAUUUAUAUUCCUUUGCAUUAACCGCAAAGAGGCAGGCGUCUUUUAAACAGUCUAACAAUUGAUAAGAGACAUUCUUUUAUUUUCUAACUUGUUGGAAUAAUGAACCAAGAAAAAAAAGUACUGAAUCCACUUUCAUUUGGUGAUUUUCUAA